AUGGCCUCAAGGCCUCGGUGCACACCUGUCUGCCCUUCUCCGUCCCCUGCACAAUCAGGGAACGAGACCACCCUCGCUGUGCCGCCGGCUACCGCGGGAUCAAGUCACAUCUCGUCCCCUGUCCUGGUCGCUUCUCCCAGCCACCUGUCCCCGCCGGCACCUUUUCCUGUCACCGAAGGUCAAUGUGAUAUCAUUCCACAAGAAAGUGCACUUUUGGCGACUUCAAUGGCCGCUGGUGCCCAACCAAGCCGGAGUGUUGUCGUAUCAUCGUCGAUAGAUCAAUCUUCCACGACCAGCCCUGUCCGCAGCAGGGAUGAAAGCCAUGGCCCUGAUAGCUCACCACGCUCGUCGGAUCACACUGCUUCCCUGACGCUGCAGUCCGCCCUGUCAAAUCAUGGCGCCCUUCUGACGUGUCAUCCUUCCUCUCUCGAUGAGAUGCCGAACGAGGUACUCUUUCACAUUCUCGGCUAUCUCGAAGUCCCCGAUCUGCUGGCCACAUCGAGGAUGCAACAGCAACACAACCAUGAGACCCGAUAUCUCUUCCUGCGUGCUUGUCUGAUUUCUCGAGCCGAACACGUCACAAGUGGCGAAGGACAAACCCCCAUUCUCCAUGCCCUGCGUCUCCGGCACGCUCGCGCCAUCCUCCCACCUCUGCUGACGAACCCUACCCGCCCUUCUCUUGCUGAUCUGAUCGCUCGCCACAUCUUCCUCACUAAGAACACCGUCGUCUCCCGCAAACUCGGCCGGUCGCUAACUGCCAUCCGUCUCUCUCGUCGCCUAGCAGCCCGGCCAUCUCCGGAAUCGUUGGUCGAGAGGUGUGUGCUGCCCAAGGAGUGCGCCCCGGGCAUCGGCCAUGUGAGCCCGGCCUUGGUGGCCAAGAAGAGGGCGAUUGAGAAAGAGAGAGUCAAGGACUCGCUCCGAAGGUGGGUUGGAGGUGUGUGGAAAGGCGAGGUAAGGGAGAGGAGCGAAGGGGUCAAGAGAUGGGAGGAACGAGUCGGCGUUGGUAGAGUAUGGCGCUUGAGACGGUUCUGGGAGAGGAUCGGGCGUGGUGAAGUGACCGCUCCUCAGAACACCGGAGCUGCUGCUGCUGCGUGA